CUGACCCACAUCUUUUGAUCAAAGCAAUUCAAUUGUAGACGACUCCUUUAGAUCUUCUUCAUCGCCAACUUCUCUAUCUAUAACCUGGAGAACGAUGGUUCUCAAACGACCGCUAGAUUUUUAUGAAAGUCCUGUACCAACAUCAUCUCCCCGUGGUCCAAAACGUCGUCGACAUCUAUCUUCUUUACCGCCUUCGUCGCCGUUCACAUCAGCCUCUUCAUUAUCUGCAGCGCCCAGAACGCCAUGUAGCUUCCGAAAUUGGACGGUACCCUGUGACUCUCCCGCCAACCCCUUUGGUCGCAUCCGGCGGCUGACAACGAGCACAACGCUUCCCCGCCCUUCUUCGUACUCGAAGCACUUGCCACUCCGUUUCCAGCUCAUCCGACCCGACGGUGACGGCAGAAGUCACACCAACAAAGAUGGGGUGUACAGAGUCGUUCAAGUCCCUCUGACCUAUACCCUCGGUCACCUGCGGAAGCUCAUCAAGUUUGUAUUCCAGCCCGCGAAGGAAAGCGAGAUGGGCGGAUCUUACAAUUUUCGACGUGCCGCACGGCACGCCAACUUGCCAUUGCAUGCAAGGCACCCAGUGCCUUCGUCCUCCAAGGGUAAACAGCCAGCUCUAGAUUUCGAUCCUGAGCCAGGACAUUUGUUUGAGGUGCAACAAGACAUCGAAAUUUCCCGCUCUGGCGAGAUAACAAGUGGGAAGACGCUGGUAAAAGCGUCUACCAUGAGAGACCCCUACCACUAUCCUGGUAAUGGCUCAGAGGGCAGCUUGCUUGAUGCUGAAGACGGUGAAGACGACACUUGGCGGUGGGAAGCGGAAGAGGACUUUAAGCUUUCGCAGCUCUGGGCUCCGGGUGGAGACCUUGAGAAAGGUAUCAUAUAUCGUCAUGACUCUACGACUCAAAUCCACAUCACAUUAAACACGAAGAAGAUUCAAAGUCGCAAGGGCGUUGGCAAUAAGCCUUUCCUCUUCAUGGCAUGGGGUUCCGCGGACAUAUUCGCGCCACCUUCAGCAGCCUCUUCUAUUAUCCUUACUGGCAUUGAAAUAGGCCGGUGGAAUGGUUUAUCUGCGUUUGAGAAGUUCUUGAAGGCUGAAGAAGAGAAGGAACGCUUAUCGUGUAGCGUAGAGGAAGAAGAACUUCUGGAUGAUGAUGCAGAAGGGGAAGUUGAUCCUAAUGUCUCUUCAUCGACGCUUCCCAUGUGCCCCUCCAUUGGCUUUUCGUCACCCGCUUCACGCUCUUCAUCAAUAUUCUCCCUCACCUAUUCGUCUUCAGCAUCUUCAGCUAUCACUCCAUUCCCCGCCUCGCCAUCAAGGAAGCGUCGAGUCGACUAUGCAAACAAACGGAUGCUCGAGUUAACGAAGAAAGUGAGGAAAAGCUCGAAUGGCUCGGACGGUGAGGAUGACAAGAAGGAAGAAGCCGACGAGCUUGAUGACGAUGACGAUGAAGACCCUGCCGCGGCAGAAAAACCAAGCGACUGGGAUCCUUUCGGGCCUGACGAAGCUGAAAUAUGAAGUUGAACUCGUGCUCAUGUGGGUUGGUUGGGUUAUUCGGAAUGGGUACAUAUGACGAUAUAUAUAAUUUGGCAUAUUUCGUGUUCGCACUAGUAACAUCAUCAUG